AUGGUCGUUAUAUAUUAUAAUUCAAUUCUGGUGGUGACAUCCGCCCCCGCCAACGAGGCUGAACUGCAACUAUACAGGGUCAUGCAACGCGCCAGUCUUCUCGCAUAUUACGAUACGCUGCUUGAAAUGGGCGGAGAUGAUGUGCAGCAACUCUGCGAUGCUGGUGAAGAAGAGUUUCUAGAAAUCAUGGCGCUCGUGGGCAUGGCAUCAAAACCCCUUCACGUCAGACGUCUGCAGAAGGCCCUCCAAGAAUGGGUCAACAAUCCUGCCCUCUUCCAAAUCCCCAUUGUUUCCAACCUCUGUCCAACAGAAAACCCCUUCAUCCAAUGCAACCAAAGACUUCUAAAUAUGCCUCCAUCGAUUCCUAACGUCCUCCCCAGAACAGUAGCAUCUCCUGAAAAUAGCAGACCAAUGUAUAGUCCAUCUCCUGGUGCACCUGACAACAGUUGCGGGUCUACCGCAUCUGCCCCCAACGCUAGUCCUGUGCACCAAGCGAAUACGUUCACAAAGAUAGUUUUACCUCCAUCCCCUGCGCCAGCUGCUCCAAUAACUUCUACAGCUUCUAGAUCAUUCUCUCCUCAAAGUGCCUGCCCACCUGCAUCAGCUGGAUCAAGUCCAAGUUCAGUCACAUCACCGGUUCAACUAACACCAGUUCUCUUAGAUGUUCAUGUACAAAAAUUGGCAACGGCAGCUGAAAAGUUGAGCAAACAUUUGCCACAACUGGAGCCGAAGCCACAGAACACGAAGAAGAAGAUGUGUAAGGACUUGGAGUUGGUAAUGAUGAUGCCGGAGUCAGAUCCGAGGAGAAUGGAGGAGAUAAGGAAGUAUGCGGCUAUAUAUGGACGGUUCGAUUGCAAGAGGAAACCUGAGAAACCAUUGACGCUGCACGAGGUAAUGGUAAACGAAGCAGCAGCACAGAUUUGUCGCUGCGUACCCGCCUUACUCACCCGGAGGGAUGAACUCUUCCCACUAGCGAGACAACUGGUGCGGAGGGCAGGUCUCCAUUACUCAAAGCACGGUCUACCGCCAACAGCGUCAACUGGUGAGGAUCGGGAGCGAGAUGAGGACGAGACACCAGCAAAGCGUCCGCGACAGGUCGCUCCCACAGCUCAUGUAGAUCUCACGGAUUAG